AUGCAUACUCCAUCCGUCCUCCUCACCAUCCUUCCCCUCCUCUCCCUAACGUCACACACCACCGCAGCCUUCCCCUCCCUCUCCCUCACCAACAUCCAAUUCUCCUCCUACGUCCUAUAUGUCUCGCCAUCCGCGCAAGGUCCCCGCGAAGGCGUCAUCGGCUUCACCAUGACCAACAGCGCCAUCGAAGUACCCAUCUCAUGCAGCGCCAUAUCCUACAAUGCCUACGCCCUCUUCUCCUCCUCCGUAACCUACGAAUGCAACUUUGCGCCCGCGGGAGGCGAAGAAGGGAGAGAGGACCCUUGGUGCUACACCAACAGUGCGACGUUCAAUUUCGACACGACGAAACGGGAUGAGAAGAAUGCGACGAUUCAUGAUUUGACGGUGCAGAUGAGUUGGACGUGUCAGGAGUACGUAUUCUGCCUUUCUUAUAGUUGA